AUGGAAAUUAAAGUUUUGUACAAGAAGCAAGAAGGUGUUCUUAAGAUAAUUGAGUCUGGUUUUGAAUUCAAAUCCCUCAAUUCCUUCCAUGUGGGUUUCGACAGGUUGAAUACGCUCUUUGCUAGCAAAGCUGGCUCUACGCCUGUUAGACUCAAAGUUGACCUGCUCGAUCCACAGCAGUCGCUGACGUUCACCUUUAUCCACCCCACCAACGCCUUGUCUGAGCGAGAGGCGGCCAAAGAACAGUUAACCCAGGCUAUAGCGGGCAAUAGAGCGCGUGCCAGUAGCCAGAUUGAUCGUCAGGUUAGUGGUUCUGCCGGUACCUCAGCUACCACUUCACCCCACCCUGGCCUCGGUCUCUCCAAAGUUGACUUGGAAAUUCGCAAGAAAGUUCUUGUAAAGGAUCCUCAAUUGGCUAAACUACACAGAGAUCUCGUCAUAGGUGGUGUGAUAACAGAGGACGAGUUCUGGCAGGGCAGACAGCAACUGCUACUACUCGAGCACCUCUCAGCAUCCCAAAAGCCCGGCAAACCAUCCACGCUAGUUGACCCUCGCCCGACAUCCUCCCAAGCCGGUGAAUUCACAAUAACGAUAACUCCCCAACUAGUCCAAGACAUAUUCCAAGAAUACCCCGUUGUGCGCAAAGCCUUUAUAGAGAAUGUGCCUAAUCCUCUCGCCGAAUCAGAUUUCUGGAUAAGGUACUUUCACUCACAUCUAUUCGCGCGUCAUCGGGCGAGCUCACGGGUGGAUGCGAAUGACGCGCGCAACGACCCCGUCUUCGACCAGUAUUUGGAGGAGGCAGAUGACGGGCUGGAGCCGCGCCACGCACAGCGCCGCGUCUAUGACCGUCUGCUCGACCUUGGCAGCACGCAAGCGGACCACGACGCGAGCGGCAACGCACUCGACAUAACCAUGCAAGCGGGAAAAGUAAAGGCAGCGCUGCCACUCAUGCGUCGCUUCAACGAGCAUUCGCAGCGUCUUCUCAGCGCGACGGUGGGCGAUGCGCCAAGUGUACAGGGUGAGUCGGGCGCGCAAGACAACUACACCCAGCAAAUUCGCAUCGAUGAUCUCGAGCACCACCAGGAGGCUCAGCCAGUUCGCCUCAAUAUGAAGGACCGCGAGCAGUACUACACAAAUAUGAUACUCGAUGGAGAGGCGGGCGGCGCGUCUGCUUUGCAGUCUGACACGCCUCACAUGCUGGACACCGCCCAACUUGCUCAUAGCAUCAGAGAGGGCUUGGAGGAGUGGGAUGUGCUGGUGCGCGCUGAUGAUAUUCACGAUACUACACCCGCCACGCGCGAAAUAGAGGACGGAUUGCGCUCGACUGCUCAGAUCGCCGCGCAUGAUACUGGCGCUGCUCAUGUAGCCACCUCUAACGCUAUGAAAGCUGCCAUUAGCUGCCAUACGGCGUGCACUGAGUUCCUCCGGCUCUACUGGUCCAGUAAGUUGUCGCAGCCGCGUGAUACGGGGAAAGUGGAUCGUAUGGUGGAUUUCAUCAGGAAAACACCGUCGAAAGUCGACGCAGUUGUCAAGAAGGCGCAGACUGUGCAUGAGGCUGAUGUACUCAGACAGGCUCUCCAGCCUGUUUUGAAUGGCGUUAAGAAGGUGCUGGCUAAUGAGCAGCAGGUGUGA